UACAGAUAUAGCAGGAUGGUAUUUUAUGGUCAGAAUAAAGCAUCAGCAUGUUGUAAUAAAUGUUCAUGCAAUGGUUCAACCGUGAUUCUCUCGUAUCUUACAUCUCAUCAGUGUCAUACAAAGACUGGAUGGCUUUUACAACGUGUAAACAAGGAGUUUGCAACGCUAACCAAAGAACUGAACCAUGCAAGGGAGCAGAUUCUUGAUCGAGAGGAAGAGAUUGCAGAGCUGAAGGCAGAACGCAACAAUACAAGGUUGCUUCUGGAACAUCUUGAGUGCUUAGUAUCCAGACACGAACGAUCUCUCAGAAUGACGGUGGUAAAGAGACAAGCAUCCUCACCUGCUGGCGUCUCAUCAGAGGUAGAAGUACUGAAGGCAUUGAAAUCGCUUUUUGAGCAUCAUAAAGCACUCGAUGAAAAGGUCCGCGAGAAGCUCAGGAUAGCCAUGGACCGGGUAGCGUCGCUGGAAGACGAACUAAUACAGACGCAAACAGAGAAUCAAAUUCUUCGUGAACAGCAUGUACGGUUAACCAACCAGGAGAAGGAUCGCAAAACAUCGUCAGCAAAUUCUAGUCACGAAGAUAUUCCUACUGGAAUUAGAAUGUCAAAGAGAUUGUCCAAUGGUUCUAUUGAUCCAGAUGAUGAUGUGAACCGGGUCAUCGAAUUGCAAGACACACUGGAGAAGCAGAACCAUGAACUUAGGAUGUCUAGGGACAGGGUGUCAGAUUUCUCCGCCCAAAUUAAUGAACUUGAAGACAAGCUGGAAAAUAUGCAAAAGGACCUGUAUAGAUCACAAGAAAAUAGUGGAAAAUAUCAGAAGGAACUGAAAGAAGCAAUUCAACACAAAGAUGAGGUUGACGAUAGGAUAGCAACGUUGGAAAAGCGUUACCUAAGCGCUCAGAGAGAAUCGGCAUCGUUGCACGACCUAAAUGACAAGCUAGAAUCCGAAUUGUCUAAUAAAGAGAGUCUGCUGAAACAGACGGAAGAUCGGUCACGGCAGCUAUUGGAACGUCUGGAGGUAGCCGAACAGAAGCUCACGCAUUCUAUACAGAAAGCAGAAGCGUUGCCCAGCGUAGAAGCAGAACUUGCUGAGAGAAUGGCUGCUCUUUCUCAGGCUGAAGAGAGGCAGGGAACUGCUGAAGAGAAUCUUAAUCAACUCAAAUCAGAAUUAGAAGAAUGUAAACAAGAAUUAGAGCGUGCGCGUGAAAGAGAACGUAUGAAUGAAGAACACAAUAAGAGGCUAUCUAAUACUGUAGAUAAGUUAUUAUCCGAAUCGAAUGAGAGAUUACAAAUCCAUCUAAAGGAACGAAUGGCCGCCUUAGAUGACAAGAACGCACUUACUCAAGAAUUAGACCGUACUCGCAAGAUUCUGAACGAAAUCCAACUAGAAAAGGAGCGGUUAGAAGAAGAAUAUGAUCGAUAUCGAAUAGAGCACAAGUCAUUACAUCGGCAAAUUUCAUCCGAUAAUGUUAUGCCCACGGUACCAGACGUGGUCAUAGGCAAUGCAACUCAGGACGUAGACAUGGUGGACAUUAGUGGAAUGACCACUGGAGUUAUUAGACGACCACAAAAGGGACGUCUACAAGCGCUACAAGAUGAUCCAACUAGGGUAAACACAUUGAAUGAACAAGAAUGGGAGAAGGCUGAACAAGCUAACGUACUAGCAAACAUCGCUCAGGCAUUUGAGAGCGAUGAUGGGGCUAUAACGGGAGAUGAGAGCGAGACUGUGUUUGGUGCUGUUGAUAUGUUAUCUCCACAAGGACAUACUGAUGCUCAGACUUUAGCAGCUAUGCUACAAGAACAACUGGAUGCAAUCAAUAAGGAAAUUCAGCUUAUACAAGAAGAGAAAUUUACAACAGAACAGCGUGCAGAAGAAAUAGAACACCGUGUCGGUAGCAUCGACAAUGUUGGAGUAUUUGGUACAAGUCGGUCAAGCUCCUGGCGAUCAGAGCCGCAGAUGCUCACCCGCUCCCUCCCAGGUAGCAUGUUAAUUAACCUGGACAGGGAGGUAAGGUCCCCGCCGGGGAGUGGGGCAUCGACUCCUAAAGCUAAUCGGCAUGAUUUUCUGGGCAACAAACACAGUGCCAGUCAGCCCCAGAUUUCUCUGAUGGUAGAUAAGUCUGAUACGUCAACACCGCCCUCUUCGCCUGAUGGUUUUCCUGUACGCUCCAUGUCCCUCUCUGAAUCUCAGCUUCGUUAUUGGCAAAAGGGUAACUAUAGACGGGAAGAAAGUCAGGAGGAAUUUAGGCCGAUCCGUUGUGAAUCGAGUCCCCCGGUUUCACCAAGGCAGGACCAUCCUGAAAAAGGUGCAACUCUCACAGUAGAAGUUGACGAAGAGCAAAGAAGUGUUGGCAAUAUAAGGCAAGGGUUACCAAAUCACAUUUUACCAGAUCAUGGAUCGCAUUGGGACUCAUUUGGAAGUGACACCAACACACCCAGUCCCCACAGUAGUACCAACAGCAGUCAAGACUCGCUCACCAAACAUCCGAAGAAGCCCACAGGUCUCAAAGGCUCCCUUGGUAGGUUCUUUGGAAAAAAGGAUAAAACUCUGCGGAGAGUCAGAGAUGGCGGUAAAGAAUCGGUGGCACAAGCUCAUUAUCUUGAGGCAGAGAGCACAUCACAAGACCAGCAUGGUGUUGGAAUUGGACUAGGAACCAGACAACAGGACUUCGACCGUCGUAAGAAAAAGAAACAUGAACUGUUAGCAGAAGCAAUGAAAGCAGGUACCCCAUUUGCAUUAUGGAAUGGUCCGACGGUGGUAGCGUGGUUAGAGCUCUGGGUUGGUAUGCCCGCGUGGUACGUUGCCGCAUGCAGGGCUAACGUGAAGAGUGGAGCAAUAAUGUCAGCGUUGUCCGACACAGAGAUCCAGCGUGAGAUUGGCAUCAGUAAUCCACUGCAUCGGCUAAAGCUCAGAUUAGCCAUCCAGGAGAUGGUCAGUCUUACAAGUCCAUCUGCUCCGCCAACUUCAAGGACAAGUGAACCCACCACUAUUUAUCUGUCAAAUAAAUCUGACAGCCAGGAGUCAUUAGCAUUUGGAGACAUGAACCAUGAGUGGAUAGGAAACGAAUGGCUGCCCUCUAUCGGCCUGCCGCAGUAUCGUAGUACUUUCAUGGAAUGUCUGGUAGAUGCACGUAUGCUUGAUCACCUUACCAAGAAGGAACUGAGAGGACAACUUAAGAUGGUGGACAGCUUUCAUAGGACAAGUUUUUCAUAUGGAAUACUGUGUCUGAAGAAAUUAAACUAUGAUCGUAAGGAACUCGAAAGGAGAAGAGAAGAAAGUGCUGGUGAAGUUAAAGAUGUACUUGUAUGGAGUAAUGAUCGUCUCAUCAAAUGGAUUAUUUCAAUUGGUUUACGGGACUUUGCAAAUCACUUGAUUGAAAGCGGUGUUCACGGAGCAUUGAUUGCGCUGGAUGACACGUUUGAUCACAGCACCUUGGCUUUAGCACUUCAAAUACCAGUCUCAAGUCAAGCGCGACAGAUAUUAGAAAGAGAAUUUAACAACUUAUUGUCAUUUGGGACAGAUCGUAGGAUAGACGAAAGUGAUAGUGCAAAAUUUCGAAGAGGACCAUCAUGGCGUAAGAAAUUAAAACCGAAGGAUCCUCCGGGUCAGAAGGGGAAAGAACGGGCUCCUAUAGAGAUCAGUGCAUCACCAACCCAACAAUUAGAGGCAUACGAGGCUUACCAUGCGGCCACAUUACCCAUCACUAACAGGAUGGCUAAUGUAAGGUCCACCUCCAUUCCUGCAUUAGGCUCAGCGGAAGCUAGCCCAAAGAUGAGUUCUUCCACGGGGAAUAUCAAUAACUACUCAUGCUGACAAGAAGUUAAGGAAACGGCAUAAAAUUUUGGACCAAGAUGAAUGAUGCACACAGAGAGCAUAAUGAACUUGACGAGAAGACCUUUAUCCUGUUUGGUUUUUGCCAUGAGGAGAGCACACCAAGUGUUGUCAAGUUCAAGGAACUCACCUGCCUUACUGGCGGUACCAAGGAUGAGAAAAAAAGAAAGUGAUGUUGUUACUGUGACAACUGUUAACACUUCAGCAGGAAUCAAUAGUUUGUAGGGAAAUCAAAACAGUGCUUAAAGAAUGUAGCAUUAAGUAAUAUGGAGAGGGGGAUGGUAAAGAUGAUGAUGAUGAUGAUGAUAAAAGUGAUGCUGAUGGUGAUGAUGUCAGAUAAAUAGAUGUAUGGUGCAGAAGCAAAUCGAAUUGUGGGUAAUGUUGAUCAAUUUGUAGUAUUGUGUGGCUGUUCAGUGACUAGCCUAAUGUGGGGAAAAAAAUAUUAAAAUUGUAGUGUUCCACUGUCUACCAGUAUAUGGUAGGUAGGACAGAAGAAAAGUAAACUUAUUCGCUCCCUAAAAUAUUGUGAGUGAAUUCCAUGUUUCUUACUAAGCAUGUAAGAAACAUUUUACCUUCCAGUAUUUUCUUUGUAAUGGCCUUUAAAUAAUAAUGGCCCCACCUAUAAAUGGAAAUCAAAUUGAAUUGGUAUGUCAGCCAACUAUUGUAAUAUUUUGAUUUUGUAGCAAUUGUAUGAAUUGGAAAUUUUUGCCUAAAUAAUCCUUGUAUUUUGAUACUGAUGUUAAAAUCGUCAUACCUAGCUUCCUCUUUCUCUCCCUUCUCUACCUGAUGCUUUCCCCUCUUUGACUUACAUUUACCAAUUUUGUAGGUAUGUGUGUAAUUGUGUAGCGUAUUAUGCUAAAUCUCCACUCUGUCCGUGGCUCUUAUCAAUAAUGUCUUGUUUGUGAUUGGUUAAAUUACAAUCACAAAUGGUAUGCUUGAACGAACGCAGUCAAGUUGAUGAUGCUUGUUGUCGGUUUGACUGGAAUAUUGUUGUGUUAGCGUUAGAUAUCUUUUAUAUUUAUAUAUUGAUGUAUUUUUGUUGUGGCUAUCUUGCGCUGAUGGGCUGUCAUUGUGUGUCUGGUUGCAUCCUUUUCUACUUCAUCUACUUUUCUUUUAUUUAUGUUUUCUUAAUGCCAUCAAAGACAAUCUGAAUAUUUGUUUUGUGAAUAAACAAAAAAAUGCUUUAAUUGCAUCUCCGACAUUAAAAAGAGGAAAUGGAAUGAGGCAUGGUUUUUUGGCAUUCUUAAUGGUGCACAGUGUAUUGGAUUAUCUUAUUAUUUUUUAGGGAUGUUCUUAUCAGGGGACAAUGGACAUCUCAUUUUAUCCUGGUAUCACACUCACAGACUAACAGGAUCACUGUUUAUUUGCGUACUCUACAUUUUGCUGUUUUAACCAGCAGCUGUGUUGGUAUGCUGGACAAACCACAAAUCUUAAAUUACAUGUAAAUUUUGUUUUAUUUAGGUGUUGUAUCAAUGUAUUACAAGAUUCUACCAUUAAAGAAAAAGUGUAUUAAUAUUUCAAUUAAAGUCAAAACAACUUACAAUACAGAAAUUAAAUAUUAUACCAUCAGUCUAUUGAAUAUAGUAGUGCUUUCAUCUAAGUUUUCAAAGCAUUUAUGAUAAGAUUGCAGUUUCGUUUUUUGUAAAGAAAAAUGAGUUGCUGAUGAUAAAAAAAAAAAUCGCUAUUAUAUUUCACGAUUCAAUUUAAUUGAUGAUGUACAUACACUUCAAUUUCAUAUUUACGCAACAUUUAAUUUGGGUUGCACCUUUAAACAAGCCUGUGUACAUUGGUACCUGUACAGUAAGUACUGUAUAUAAGUGCAAUGGAUUAACCUGCUUCAUUUGCUCAUUUUGGUUCUCAUUUCAAAUAUGCUGGUUCAGAGAAUAUUCUAGAAUUUAGAUAGUGAUAAUUUUGAAGUAAGCUAAUUAUGCAUGAUGUGCCAGAUGGUGCCCCUUUAAUGAUGCUUGUUCAGGGGGCAGUACCACUAGCGAUAAUGCUUGUUAAUGGCACAGCAGUAGAAAAAACAAAUGGACAGGAUUUGCUAAGCAUUUGUCGAAGGAAAUGACAAACUCAUCUUAUCAUUCAAUAUUAAUAUUAUCACCCAAUAUCAAGGUACUAUUACAUGAUACUUUUCAAAGUUAUUAUAAUUAUUAUUGUAACGAGUGCAGUUUUCAAAUUGAAUUAAUUAAUCGUAAUCAUCAGAUUUUUUUUUUUUCCGGUAAGACUCAACAGAUAGUAUGUUAGAUCAGACCUUUUCUGAUAGUAAAAAGUAUUGUUCAGACUUCAUGACUAUUAUAUAGGCACAUCAUAACUGUGGUUAUGCAACAGUUUUUUGUCAAAUUUGAUCAUUUGGAGAGGGGUUUAAAAGUACUGUUCAACUUUCAACAUACAUAGAUAUGUGCAUAACUUGUUUGAUCAGAUAUGUUUGAAAGAAACAUACACAAUCAAACAAGUAUACAUUGCCUGAUGAGUCUUAUUGACAAAAUCUGAUAGGUUUGUUUGGCUUAUAUAUUUCAAGUUUUUCUCCUGUAAGCGCUCUGAUCUUAACAAAAUAGCGCUAUAUAAAUGUCGCAUUAUUAUUAUUAAUGCCAUUUUGAUCAUAUAAUGAUAUAUAAUAAUAUACGUGAUUACAAUACAUGUGGUUUGAUUAUAAUACAGAUGAUUAUUGUACUGAUUUUAAUAGGUCAAAUUAUUUAUUUCAUUGCCAAUCAAUUUUACUGAAAAAAUGUCUUUUUCUUUUUUGUUACUGUGGUCGGAAAUGAACUUUUGAACUCAGGGAGCAUUUGUUGUGCCCAAAAUUGUACUACACAAAAUAUAAUUAAUUAGCCACCAUUCUCCAUAUCUCCACAGUACAAUAAUUAACUGUAUUGUGGAGGUUUCAAAUGUAGAACAUAAUGAAAUGGUUUGAUUUAAAAGUUAUUGUGUGUAAUGCCAGUUACUUAAUCUUUCAUUCGUAUAAGGACAUAUUAGUCAGUUGAAACUUAUAGCUGUAUUUAACUUUCUUUCUAAAAAAAAGUUAUAGCUUACUGCAUACCAUUAUCCCUUGAUCAUAGUAAAUAUUUGUGAAAGUAAGAGAGAAAUCAUUCAAGCUUUAAAAUGUUGCCUUUUUUUCUUUAUUCGCUGUGUGACAAUAUUAAAAGUAAGCAAAGGACGGACAGAGAAUGCUGUCAAAAAAUGGCAGCAUUUUAAAAACUACGUAUUAAAAACAAUUGUUCUUAAUAUUAAUAAAUUGUACAUUACGGUAUAUACACAAAUUGUAGGCCUAGGUAUUUUAUGUUGUAUUAUUGCUGAAAACCGGCUUGCUUAUGUGUAAGGGCUGGUAAAUUUGUUUUUAUAAGUGAAUGUUCUGUAUAAUAACCAACUAUUCAUUGUCAAGAUCCUUAUUUUGUACAAUACAACAACUACUACUAUUAAUACUACUACUCUUACACUAGGUCUUAUACUAUUGUGUUGUAUAAAAGAAAAAUGUCCAGCCCAGUUAUUGUCACAAUAAAAAAAAAUCAAUGGAAUUAUUUAUAUCAGA